UGGUGGUGGUGGUGGUGAUAGUGGCAGUGUUAGUGCGGCUUGUAGAGGUGAUAGCAGUAGUUGUGGUAGUGGUGGUGGUGUGAAGAGUUCAUAGUGUAUAUAUUUUGUUCAUUACGUAUUGCUUUGUUACUUUCUAUCUUAUUUAUUUAUUUAUUUACUGAAGACAACGAGAGGUUAUUCCUUUACUCUCCUUCCUUCAUCUCCUUCUUCUUUUUCUUCUUGUUCUUCUUGAUCCGCACCUCCCGUCCGUCAAUAGAUCAGUACAUACAGACACUCACCAUGGGAACCUUCAUGGGCCACGUGCUGCCUGGGUCCUUCUUUGGCACCUUCGCUUGCUGGUGGAUCUACAAUGUGUUCCUGCGCUACCACGCCUGCAUGAGGGCCACGGCGCAGGGCGGGGCGGGAGCCAGAACACCUUAUAUCAACACCUGUACCUUUCCCUGUCGAUGCCUCCCGCGGUUACCUGUGGAGGCCUGCAUGAAAGUGUCCGUAGUGGUGAUUGGUAUUAUAGGAGAGCUCGUGACGGGGUUCGAGGACGGCCACUUUGUGCACCUCGGCAACGCGCAACAUAUGACCAUGUACUUCUUCUUCGGUCUGAACGGCGUAGUGGACAUCCUCAACCACUACCGCCUGCCGCUGCCCCCCGCCUCUGACUACGUGUCCGCCGCCCUCGCCUUCUGCAUGGAGGGCGUGCUGUUCCUGUACCACCUGCACGGGAGGACGCCCAUGGAUGUACAGCUGCACAUGUUGCUAAUGUACGUGGUGGCGGGGAAUAUUGUGGCCAUCCUGCUGGAGAUGUACUACAGACGAAGCGUGAUGCCAGCCCUCCUCAGAUGCUACUUCACGCUCCUGCAGGGCACGUGGUUCAUACAAGUGGGCUACAUCCUCUACCCUCCAAUCGGUAAUCACUGGAACGAGAAUGACCACGGACAGAUGAUGAUAGUUACCCUCAUGUUCUGCUGGCACAAUGGAGUCGUUUUCACCCUCAUGCUCCUCAUCUGCUUCCUCGUCCACGCUCAGGUCAGGAUGCUCUCCAACGGCGCCCUCUACCGCAUCCUUCACCCCCUCACCUCCUCCUUCCCCUCCUCCUCUUCCGCAUCCUUGUCCUCAGUUGCUCAGUUCUCGAAAAUGGAUUCGGAGCAGGUUCGUAGGAUUAUUGAUGAUUCGGAUGAGGAGGAUGUGUAGUGGUGAUGGUGUGGUGUUGUGGUUGUGAGUUUGUGUGUUGGUUUUGAGUUUUUAGUGUUUUUUUUUUUUUUCGUUCGCUUUUAUUCGUCCCGUUGUGAUGUGUUAAAGAGCAGUUUUUUUUGUUUUUUUUUUAGUGAGUGUUAGUUUCAAAUUUUUUUUUUUUGUUACUUUUGUUAUUAGUAUGAUCGCUUUUAUUCAUUAAGUAUUAAGGGACAUUUAUUUUAUUUUUUUUUUGGUAUAUACAUUUGUUUUUUUCUCUCUCGUUUCUUGUUCUCGUUCUUUAUGUUCCUUAUAAUUUUUUUUCUUACCGUUAUACAUACUGGCAUGAUAUAUAUUUUAAAAAGAAUGUGUGUAUUUAUUUCGCGAUUUGGUGUAAGAAAUAAGAGAGAAAAAAAGUUAGUUUACUGUUGUUAUACUUUCACUAGUUUAUCGAAUCAAGAUUUUCACUUUGGACUAAUGAUAAUAGUUUGUUUUGUUUAUCGUUCGUUCGUUCGUUGGUCACACUCUUAUCUCAGAUUAACGAGUGUGUAAAGGUGAAGAGGCGUGACGCAAAUAGAUAGACAGAUAGAUAGAUAGGUAGAUAGAUGUUUAUUGACUUCAGUUUUACAUUGUGAAUUACAGUAAUGUCAAAUAUUCCAUUUAAACGGAAGAAUUAUAUAUGGCAAAAAGUAAUUAACUCCAGUCCAGAACAAAUAAUAUUCGCAAAAAAAUAUGAUAUUCCACAGACACAUCAUAGAAAACCUUUAUCACUAAGAGGCUCCGCUGUAUGUAGCAAGAUUCUCUCUCUCAUAAUAUUUAACAUUAAGCCAAACAAUUAAAACCACAACUGACAAUUAAAUAAGUAAGGACACGAAACUAAAUGAAUACAACUAACACACACACACACACACACACACACACACACACACAGAGGACAAUAUUUACCACUAUUCCUUGCUUGGUGUAUAUGUAUGUACGAAUUUUGCAUGUAUGUAUGAAUGUGUAAACUUAAAUGGACCUGAAAUACAUAAAGAUAUGAUUUAA